AUGGCCCCAUCACUCGAGGAGCCAGAGCCCGUAUCCGACGUCCUUGCCAACCCCAUCAAGCAAAAACCACAACUCGUCGCUCCGGAGCCGGAGCACUGUCCUGGCCCAGAAUCACAACAAGCCGGCCAAGCAGACUCAUGUGCCGGCUGUCCUAACCAAGCCAUCUGCGCAUCAGCUCCCAAGGGCCCCGACCCAGACAUCCCUCUAAUUUCAGCGCGUCUAGAAAAUGUCAAACACAAGAUCCUGGUGCUCAGUGGAAAGGGUGGCGUGGGAAAAAGCACAUUCACAUCUCUCCUAGCGCAUGCGUUUGCGACCAACCCAGACAGCAACGUGGGCAUCAUGGACACGGACAUCUGUGGGCCCAGCAUCCCCAAGAUGAUGGGUGUAGAGGACGAGACAAUUCAUGUCAGUGGAUCGGGGUGGUCACCGGUAUGGGUUAUGGAUAAUUUGGGCGUAAUGAGCAUCCAGUUCAUGUUGCCGAAUCGAGACGACGCUGUCAUUUGGAGAGGGCCUAAGAAGAAUGGGCUGAUCAAGCAAUUUCUCAAGGAUGUCGAAUGGGGGGACUUGGAUUUCUUGCUGGUUGACACGCCGCCGGGCACGAGUGACGAGCACCUGAGUGUGAAUUCAUUCUUGAAAGAGAGUGGUAUUGAUGGUGCCGUGGUGGUGACUACACCGCAGGAAGUGUCGUUGCUGGAUGUCAGGAAGGAGAUUGAUUUCUGUCGCAAGGCGGGCAUCAGAAUACUAGGACUGGCGGAGAACAUGAGCGGCUUCGUAUGUCCCAACUGUAAAGGCGAGAGUCAAAUAUUCCGGCCCACGACCGGCGGUGGGAGGGGUUUAGCAGAGGAGAUGGGGAUUCCGUUCCUCGGCGCAGUGCCUCUGGAUCCGAGGAUUAGAAUGGCCUGCGACUUUGGAGAGAGUUACUUUGAUUCAUUCCCGGACAGUCCGGCCUGUUUGGCGUUUAAAGAGGUGGUGAAGAAUGUGGCGAAUCAACUUGGGUUGGAUAAGACGAGUGUAUUACCUGAUGAAUAG